UCCAUUCCCCGGGUUUUUGUGUGUGUGGUCGAACAGCUUGACAGCUUACUAAUAACAAUCUUUUAUCGGUCGGUGGUUUUAUCGAAUCUUCCACGGAAGAAAUCGAAGUGCAAGGUCCUUAAACCUAUCUGGGAUUUCAGCCUCUGAUAAACUUUAAUGCUCAAGGUUAAUUCUUACACAACGAAAGAGCUAUCAACCACCCCCAUACCUUCUACUAAUCUCAACACAUACAUUUCCGGUGUGCAGGUUUCGCCCUUUACAAUUUGCUCUACAUCAAACCAUCGACCCAACACCCAGUCGCUGUCCCAGAUAACUUUUUAUUGAGCGCGGGCGCUACAUCACAACCCCAUUUUGAACGCCACUGCAUGAUCUGUCACGAAUUCUUUCCCUUGACAAGUUUCCCAGGAUCGCCUAUCAACCCGUCGCAAAUCCAUUGAAACGUUUAAUAGCUUCUCAAAAUGGGUUCCCGCCAACGCAGAGAUUUGGUUGUGAGAAGAAGGCGGGUUGAGGACGAGGGCGAUGAUGAAGGAGCUCAAGAUAUUCCUGAAAUGGAUGAUGACUCUCUAUCCGAAGGCUCAAUAAUCAGUGACGAUGAAGAUGUACACGAGGACGACGAACCUGUCAAUGGCGACAUCACAACUAAUGAGGUACCUCAAUCAACCAAGAUGAAUGGAAAUAGAUCAACUGGGCAGAAUGGUGGACAGGCAAAAGCUAGCAAUGGUACUACUGAAGCUUCAAAGUUCACAAAUGAAGCCAAUGAUAUGGAAAUGAUGGUGAACGGGCCCAAAACAUCUGAACUGGUAGAAACUGUACAAUUCGAGGACUUUCGAGAAGACGAGACGAAAGAUACCCCUUCACCGGCUAUUGUCACAUCUACUGCUCAAAUGGAUCGGCCACAAGAACAACCUCAUGAAAGGCGAAGGAGAGAACAUGAAGAAUACAAGAAAAAGAGAGAUGCGGAUCCUGCGUUUGUGCCAAAUAGAGGAGCAUUCUUUAUGCACGAUCAUCGUCAUGCUGGUCCUGCGGCGAAUGGUUUUCGGCCAUUUGGCAGGGGCAGAGGUGGUCGGGGCCGGCCCGGAAUUGGGGGGCCGUAUGCACCUAUCAAGUAUAUCAUCAUCUCUUUUGUGAUUUUGGAUUUCUGCUAACAUUUUAUAGUAAUACCUCACAACCUCUGGAACCGACCGAUGUUCAAUGGGCACACGAUAUGCACGAAAUAAUAACUGAACCCGUACCAUCAUCUACAAAUGGAGCUUCAAAUGUAUCUCAAAGACCAGCACCAACCUCGAAAUCUGCACCGCUCAAUCGAUCACUUUCCACUACGAAGCACAUUGGAAAUGUACAAAUUCGUGUAUUCUUUGCAGAUAUGGAAAAACCUGUUGUAUUUCCUGGAAUUCCAGUGAAGCAAUAUACGCGUCUGCCUGAUCACCGACCCCCGCUUCGUCGAGAUAAACCAGUUCGAAUAUCCCUACCUGAUCAUCCACCACGUUACAUAUUCCCUGCUGUCGAUAGAUCAUUUAUAUUCAUCCCAAGAGCUAUGCGACCUAAUCAACAAGGGUUUGGUGGGCGUGGCAGAGGUAGAGCUGGCCUUGGAUCUGUGGGUAAUUACUCGAGACGAACAAGUGUGUUUGGUGGAAGCAUUUAUGGAGGAACAUACACUCCCAGUGUUGCCAUGAGUCGUCGCUCGUCUCUUGCACGAGAGGUCAAUCGAGAAACACUUGUCUCACCGAGUGGUUCAACGAUGUCAAGGCCACAAAUAUCGAUGGAUUCAUCAAGACCUGUUGUAAAAUUACCACCAUCGAGUCAAGCUGCACAAUCUCAACAAACUCAGGCUCCUGAGUCUGGAGUAAUUGAUCCAUCUCCACAAGCAUCUUCUCUCGAUAAUGUUCCACGCCCUCAAACCUAUCCCCUUCCUCAGAAACCAGCUCUUCGGGAAAAUCGCCCAAAUGCAAUUCCCAUGCAUCAGCCUCGGCCUCAAAAGACGGUCUCUGUAGCCGACAUCGAAUCACCCGCAUCCAUGUCAUUCAAUCCUCCUCAGCAAACCCAACAACCAUUCCAUCAACAAGUUCCUGUCCAAAUCAAUGGAAACAGUUACUCGCACGAUAAUAUUCAACAUUCCCGACAACCAUCUUACCCAAGUCAAGCUUCGACUGGUACACCAUUGUCACAAAUUCCAGAGAGAGCUAUUCACGCACCAGCUUUUCAACCUAACCCUUACCAACAGCAAGCUUCCAACUUUUAUCCCCAAACUUAUCCUGUCUUGCAGCCUCCUCAAGGAUAUUAUUACCCCCAAACCUUUAAUGCACCUAUGACCUCUGCGGCUGGUGCAGCUCCUUUUGUACCUACACAACAGCAGCCACAACAAACAUACAACCAAGCCGCACCACAGACUACUGAGACUUCGGCGACACAAGCACCUCAAAACUUGGUUGCUCAAGAAGUCAAUGGAAUGGUGUACUAUUAUGAUGCCGCACAAAUUCCAGCUGUUCCAACUUUCCCUGGUGGCUAUCAACAAACUCAACAGUAUCCUAUGCAACAAGUAGGGGGUGUAGUAGGAAUGGGCGGAAUGAUGACACCAAGUCCAGAUGGCUUUUAUUAUCCACAGCAACAAGGCGUAGUCUACUAUACACAAUAACGACCUUCUAUAACUUCCUCCACCAUUACCUCUAUUCACGAUCUGCAAGUCACAUCUUUAUAUUCCUUUUUAAUGCCUUCAGCUAUCUUAUUCGUAUUUCCUGAAGCGUUGCUGUUUAUUAUCGUCUCUUGCUUAUGGUUUCGAUUGCGAAAAAAAGACAUAUCAUUGUUCAUUCUUCAGAAGCGGUGGCUUGACUUCUCAUAUCAUGUUUUUGUAUUAGGGAUGGCAAUUCAAUCUUUUGAUUUGGUUGGCAUGGUUUUUUUUGGUUGCAGGUUAGAGCCUCUAUUAUGCUUUUCAGUUCUACUUUCUUGCAUUUCGAUCUCUGAUUCGGUUUCUUCGUCUUGGUAUGGUGCGUUCUCUCGAUGAUAAUGGCCCUUAUGUUUCGAUUGGAACUUGAAAUGACGUAUGGAUAUCUCUUUCGGCUGGACGCAUGGUAGUGGGAUGGUCUUUUGCAUUGGAUCGAAGCUUAUGUUUGCUGUUAGCGAGCGGUUGGUGUCAUGGAUAGUAAGAGUGAGGUGGAAGUUCGUGGUGAAUUGACGUAGUAGUAGUAGUAGUAGUAGUGGUAGUGUUACAUAGGGUGGAUUAUUGUGGAUGGAUGGAUCGAUCAGCAUGUUAGCGGAUCAAAUGCGUCAAUGGAUAUCUUACCAUGCCGCUUAUGAUACAUCAAUGAAUGACCUAUUUUGAUGUUACAGUAUCUAUUCUUGU